ACUGAAGAAUGGCGGAUAAGGCUGAUCAUUGUUCGAACUGUACUCUACAGCCUUACCAGUAUAUUUGGGGUCAUGGGUAAUGGGCUGGUCAUUUUCAUCACGGGUUUCCGAAUGAAGAAGACAUUCACAACUGUCUUCUUUCUCAACUUGGCCAUUGCUGACUUCAUCGCCACCUUCUUCCUGCCACUGACAAUUGCCUUUCUAAUCCAUUUAAAGUUUAACUGCGGGCCACGUUGGCCAAUUGGCCAGGAAAUGUGCAACUUCAUCAGCAUCAUAAAGAUCCUCAACCUCUACUCCAGCAUUUUCUUCCUCAUGGUUAUCAGCAUGGCCCGUUAUAUAUAUGUGAGGUACCCUGUGUGGGCAAGGAAUCACCUGACACCCCGGCUGGCUUCUUUAGUGGCUUUGGGUGUUUGGAUCUUGUCUCUGGCCUUGUCUUGUGCAUCCAUGCACCACGAUAUUUCAGUGAUAUACAAUACACAACAUAUAAAUUGUAGCUAUAUCUCUGAAAUACUAUUGGAUAGUCGGCGCAUCUGCUUUGGCAGUUAUGCCCGCAUUUAUAUCACAAUGAAAAAUACUAACUAUUCCAUGUUUAUCAGCCACGUCAUCCUUUCCUUCAUCCUCCCUUUUAUUGUCAUGAUUUCUUCCUAUGGGGCAACCACCUUGAGGCUCAGGAGGAGCCGGUUUGCUCAGUCAGGAAAGCCCUUCAAAGCCAUCACAGCAGUGACUGUGGCCUUCUUUGUCUGUUGGUUCCCACUUAACUUGAUUACUUUCACAGAAGAACCACCCCUGGAAAAAUGUGAACUGCUCAAGCUCUUUCUUGCUACUCGUUACCUAAGUACCUGCUUGGCUUAUUUCAACAGCUGUCUCAACCCCAUCCUAUAUGUCUUCAUUGGGCACAAUUACAGGGAGAGUCUGAGAUGUUCUCUCCUCUCUGCUUUGGAGGAUGCUUUCCAAGAGGAGAGAAGCCCUGGCAGAACAGAGACUGAGAACAACUCCUCAGCAAUGCCAGAAUCCCAGAACUUAUGAAACUAUUGCUCUCUGCAUGUCCAGCUUCAGUUCAAGAUCUCCCAUUGCAUUUAAGCAUCAUUGCUGGUCCCUGACUGUAAUAAUAAUUACAUGUAAUUAUUUAUUAUGCAAUAAUGAAUGUAAAUCAAUCAUUUAUGCAUAACCUAUGGGCCAUGAGCAAGCGAAAAAGGUUUGCAAAACAAAGAAUAUUGGACAUGGAGGGGCAACAGGAGUUAAGCAAGGCGCCAAAAUGACUUAAAUUAUGCAGACAUGCCUUUAGCACUAAGUCAGCUGAUUACUGCCAAGUCCUAAUAGUUUCUAAAUAUCAUAGAUCAUUUGCGUCGGCCCGCUUUGAUGAGAUAAGAUAAGAUCAUCUUUAUUUUGGUCAUUGA